AUGUCACCAAUUGAAGAAGAAAUAAAACCUGGUAUUCCAAGGAAGGUUAGCAGUGUCGAAGAGAUACUCAUUAAAUGUGAGUGUUGGGUUAAGAAGGAUGAUGAAGAGAGGUUAGCAGAGAUUUUGUCGAUUAACUCUAGAAGGUCUCCUCCGAAAUUUUAUGUCCAUUAUUUAGAUUUUAAUAAACGUUUAGAUGAAUGGAUCACUACAGAUAGAAUAAAUUUAGACAAAGAUGUCAUUUUCCCACGACCUAAAGGUUUGGAGGAUGAUGGUAAUAAAAAUAAGAAGAAGCAAAAGAAGAAAGCAGCGUCUGAGACCCCUAAUUCAGAAGGUAAUAUUAAAUCACAAUCAGAGACUCCAGAAGCUGGUAUGAUGGAUUUAGAAAAUUUAAAUGUUCAAGGUAUUAAAAAUGAGGAAUUAUCAAGGGAGGAUGAAAUUAAAAAAUUGAGAACUUCAGGUUCUAUGACUCAAAAUCCACAUGAGGUUGCUCGUGUCAGAAAUAUUAAUAAAAUUAUCAUGGGAAAGUUUGAAAUCGAACCAUGGUAUUUUGCUCCAUAUCCAAUUGAACUUACCGACGAAGAUGUUAUUUAUAUAGACGAUUUUACUUUACAAUAUUUUGGUUCUAAGAAGCAGUACGAACGUUAUAGAAAGAAAUGUACCCUACGACACCCUCCUGGUAAUGAAAUUUACCGUGAUGAUUACGUUUCAUUUUUUGAAAUUGAUGGGAGAAAACAAAGAACAUGGUGUAGGAACUUAUGUCUACUGUCAAAAUUAUUUUUAGAUCAUAAAACAUUAUACUAUGAUGUUGACCCAUUCUUGUUUUAUUGUAUGACAAGAAGAGAUGAACUAGGUCAUCAUCUGGUAGGUUACUUCUCCAAGGAAAAAGAAUCCGCAGAUGGCUAUAAUGUUGCAUGUAUUUUAACCUUACCUCAAUAUCAGAGGAUGGGUUAUGGUAAGCUAUUAAUCGAAUUUUCAUACGAAUUAUCAAAGAGAGAAGGUAAAGUAGGUUCUCCGGAAAAACCACUUUCAGAUCUGGGUCUGUUAUCAUACAGAGCAUUCUGGUCUGACACAUUGAUUGCAUUGUUAGCCGAGCAUGGGAAUGAAAUUACCAUCGAUGAAAUUAGCUCAAUCACUGCAAUGACAACGACAGAUAUACUGCAUACUUCCAAAACAUUAAAUAUACUAAGAUAUUACAAAGGACAACAUAUUAUCUUUUUAAGUGAAGAAAUUCUUGACAAGUAUGAACAGAUGAAGGCCAAGAAUAGAAGAAAAAUUGAUCCAGAAAGAUUGGUUUGGAAACCUCCUGUCUUCACUGCCGCUCAAUUGAGAUUUGCAUGGUAA